AUGGGCCGUUGCAUUUGGGUGAACGGCCCACUAAUCAUCGGUGCGGGCCCAUCAGGCCUCACCGUCGCCGCCUGCUUAAAACAACAGAACGUCCCCUUCGUCAUCCUCGAGCGCUCAAACUGCAUUGCCUCUUUCUGGCAGAGCCACACUUACGACCGCCUGAAACUCCACUUACCCAAAAAAUUCUGCCAGUUACCCGACUUCCCAUUUCCUGCACAUUACCCAGAAUACCCCUCAAAAGACCAGUUCAUCAGGUAUCUAGAGUCCUACGCUCUGAAAUUCGAGAUCAAGCCGCAGUUCAAGGAGACAGUGGAAUCCGCCAGGUACGGGGAUGGGAUUUGGAGGGUGAGGGUGCGGAAGGAGACUGAAGAAGUUGAGUAUGUUUGUCAGUGGAUUGUUGUGGCGAGUGGAGAGAACGCGGAGAGCUCGGUUCCUGAAUUUGAAGGGAUUGAGGAUUUUGAGGGGAUGAAGAUUCAUGCUUCUGAUUAUAAAAAUGGUGAGGGGUUUGGAGGGAAGAAGGUUUUGGUUGUGGGCUGUGGAAAUUCUGGGAUGGAGGUUUGCUUGGAUCUUUGCAUCAAUGGUGCUCUGCCUUCAAUGGUGGUUCGAGAUUCGGUUCAUGUUCUGCCGCGGGAAAUCUUUGGUAAGUCCACUUUCGAGCUGUCGGUUACACUAAUGAAGUGGCUUCCGGUGAGGCUAGUAGACAAGAUCUUGCUUACUCUGGCUAGGGUUGUGCUCGGAGAUUUGGAGAAGUACGGGCUUAAGCGGCCAAAAACCGGCCCAUUGGAGCUCAAGAACACAAGAGGGAAGACCCCUGUUUUGGAUAUUGGAACUCUGGAGAGGAUCAAGUCAAGGGAGAUCAAGGUUGUGCCUGGAAUCAAGAAGUUCUUCCCUGGCAGAGUUGAGCUCAUUGAUGGUCGGGUGAUUGAUGUUGAUUCGGUUAUUUUCGCCACCGGUUAUUGCAGCAAUGUCCUUUCUUGGUUGCAGGGAAGUGAUUUUUUCAACAAAGAUGGAUUCCCAAAGGAAAAGUUUCCAAAUGGAUGGAAAGGGAAGUCAGGGUUGUAUGCAGUUGGGUUUACAAGGAGAGGGCUCUCUGGCGCUUCUUUGGAUGCAGUGAGAGUAGCAGAGGACAUUAGCAAAGUUUGGAAGGAGGAGACUGUUGCAGCGGGGGGCUUCACAGACACAGAAAAUAUCUAUACAAGAGUGGAGAACAACAACACUGAAUAAACAUAGUGAAGACAAAGAGAACAACACACAAGCAUUUAACAUGGUUCCGUCAGUAUGACCUACAUCCACAGGCGAGAACAGUAGAGAACUUUACUAAUUACAAAAGAGAAUAUUACAUAGGGAGAUCACUCUAAUGUCUCACUAAACUCACACAAAGAAGAGAACACUCAAAGAAAAUUCUCUUUUUCUUUUCUCUUCAAAUCUCUUUUUCUUCUCUUUGUUCUGAAUUUCUGUUCGAUGCUCUAACCCUUCACCACUCUCCUCUAUUGAUAGCCUUCAAAUAACAAAUCUCCACAUUGACUUUGAAUAUGAAGAUCUUCUCUUCACUCUUGUUGUCUCGCUAAAAGCCCCUUACGGGCUUAACCUCCGAUUUGUUGAACUCCAAGCAAUUCAAGACAAUGCUCGAA